AAUAACUUUGCUGAUGAUAGCUCUAUCUUAUGUGAGGAAGUUGAGUUAUCUAUAAUAAAUGAGCCAAGAGAAUUUCAGGCAGAUAAUAUAGAUAAAAUAUUAAAACCAUUGGCUCCAUCAAUUCAAAAACAAACAACACUUGUAAUUCGUAACCAGAAACGUAAUAUUACAAAGGAACUAAAUAGGGAUAAUGAUUGGAAAAGGUGCGAUUUCGUAAAAGCUUGUAUUGAGCAAAAUAUUCACUUAGACAAUAAUGCGGAAUUGAAUAAGAAAAAUAUUUACUUG